AUGAAUACAAUACGUGCUGCAAUAACAUGUAUUUCCCAUUCUUUAGAUGGAUUAAUUCGACUUUUAUUUGAUAGAUAUGCUAAAUCGAAACCAAUUGUUGAUAUUAGUCAUCUCCUUCGUCUAUUAGAAGAAUAUGCUCGUAAUUGUCAUCUUAAAUCAACCACUCUAUUUUAUACUUCUGAUAAUAAUAAUCUAUAUAUUAUGUUACCACAAGAUGAAUCAUUAAAUAUUCUCGAAGAAUUUCUUAGUCAACCUAAUAUAGAAGAAAAAAAAAGAAUUACAAGAAGAUUAUUGAAGAAGCAAUGGGAUCUUCAUUUACUUUAA